AUGUCUCCUGUUCGUUUAUUCCCUUUCUUACUUGCAGGUCUCUUUGGUACAUCCAUUGCUCUUCAAGAUGAGCAAAUACAGCCUGAAUCCUGGUGCAUAACAUAUCUAUCAACUUAUUUGGUCCCCGUAUCACGGGGUUACCCUCGCCCGACGACUGUUUCUGCUGGAGGAAGCAUUUUCUCAGAAAUCUCCGAAACACCUUUGACAUUUUCUACAGAUCUAGCUAUCCCCUCAACUCUCUCUGUUCCUGAUGAUGUAAUUGUCACCACUUCGAUCUCAAGUCAAACUACUGGAAUUCCGAUUCCUGAAGCCAGUGGCCGAUCAGUGAUACUCCGCGUCGUUCCAGAAUCGCAGGACACCAAACGAGAUCUACAGGCCAGGGCAGUUCGUGGUUUUGUUGGCAGUCAGUCAGAAAUUUGUGCUGAUGCCACUAUCUUCAACCUGGUGCAAGGUCGUCUGUUGGAUGGGACAUUGCCCAUAUACUACAACGGCGAGAGUUUCAAGGAGCUACUCGGCAACCCGGAAGCGUCAUCUCAAGGGGCUGUUACUGAGACCUUCGCUGAUGAGGAUGGAUUCCUGCGAUUUUUCAACUCAGCCCUCCCAAAUGGUCAGGCAGGCUUCUGUCAAGACACCGAGAGCGGCCAAGUCUAUGUUACCUUCACUGCAUCGCCUCCAGGUUGCCAGACUAUAAGACUUUUUAUUAUCGAAGUUGACGAAUGCCGGGAUGGCUAUGUACCCUCAAGCACUUCUUCUCGAGCUGCCAGUACAUCUCUGCUAUCAGAGUCUACAUCUGUUUCGCUCGGAACGACGUCUCCCUCCAACGCAGCGCCUUCUACGACCACAAAGGAUACCCAGAUGGCUGCUUCCGCUACAGAUGUUCCAACUUUCACUUCUCACGUCGUACCGGUGUUUACGAGCUCUAUGCGAUUUUAUAACAGCUCUUCGUCUAUCAUAUCUGCAACACAACCUGGUCUUACUCAAACAUUUUCUACGUUGGACAUUUCAACCAGUGUCACAGAUUUGCCACUCACAUCUCCGCUAAGCUCCUGGACCCCAGACCCGGAGAGCCUAUCCACAGAUGCACCAUCCACAGAUGCACUGUCCACGGAUGCAUUGUCCACGGAUGUCUCGGGAACGUCGGACGAGCUAGCUUCUACCUUUGAGCCAUCUACAACUGCCACGCCAACCAUAACUCUCACGCCCACUACUACGGAUUCUCAGAUUACAAGUGUCACUAGCUCUGGUACCGACUCCACGGCAAGCUCUGAUGUUGACUCUUCUACUACGUCUGGAUCAUCCUACAGUUUAGAGACUGAUACCAGCACACUGCCCGAUCUGCCAUUGGAUACCAGUUCUUCUUUUGACGCGAGCUCAACGGUCCUCCCAACGGCUGAAACCAGUCUUUUCACCACGACAGCUGCCGAUGCCACAACCUCAACCACUACAAGCUCUGAGCCGACGAGAACACGUGCAUGUCCAGAGGGCUUGUCUGAUCCACUGACACUAUUCAAUGGCGAGAGGCCAUCUGACAAUGGUGUCGAAUGGCUCGUGCUCCCUUUUCAGGUACCGCUCUACGGUGCAACCAGUGAAAUGAUCUAUGUCAGCCCCAAUGGACUUGUUACACUCAGAGACUCCUUGGGGGCCGAUUCGGUCCCAGAUCUGGCCUUCCUACCAGAUGAAAAUAUUGAGUCGCUCGCUAUUUUCCCUUACUGGAUUGAUAUGAUAGUUCCUGAAGAUUCAGGGGCCGAGGUUACAUACCAGGUGGAGCAGACUCCUAAUCAGCCAGGGGUGCUGACAAUAGAUUGGUGUGUUUUCACUACAUCAGAUGAGACUGCGCCAAACCACUUUCAAAUGGUGAUCUCAGAGGAUCAGCAGACCCCAAUCACCUUCUUCUACUAUACCAUCCAGCCUGGGGGAACUAUUGCUACUAUCGGUGCCCAAAAUCGCGAGACGGAUCAGUGGGUCCAGUAUUAUGGUGCUAUCCCAGAUAGAACGUUCAUGGAAGUUGACACGUUCGGUGACGGAGAUAUACGGACUGGUCAGUUUUGA